AUCUCAACUAAUCCAAAUAUCCUUCACAGAUUCGUCGGAUCCCCCUUUUCUUGUUUCUCACUUCCCACUUCACAUCCCAUUUUUACUCCAAACCAAACCUUCUUCAUCAAUGGCGGAUAUUGAAACCCAGAUUCGGCAACACCCAUCAAUCUCCAAAGAAACAGCUCUCCAAGCUCUCAACACCAUAAUCCAACUCCAUUUCGAGAAGACCCUCGAGAAGAAACGCGCCAUAGAUCUCCAAAAGAAAGAGCUUCACAAGCUUUUCCAGCUCUUCUUCAUAUUCCUCGCUCUCAUUUUCCUGACCCAAUCUCUUUCCCCUCGCCUCGAAUGCCGCCAUUGCUGGAUCCCCAUUGCUCUUCUCUCCGUUUCCCAUCUCAGUUUCUAUGUCUCUGUUGCUCAGACCCUCCGUUGCAUCAAUGGCUUCAAGUAUCAGCGCCGUUGCCAUAAGCUUACUCUGGGUUUCGCAACUGAACGCCUCAGAGAAAUGAAGAUGAAGAUUUCCGCCGCCGUCGAUGGAGGGUUUGAUGGAGGCGUGACGGAUGAGGAAUUUGAGAUUCAUUAUCAGGAACCACCGGAGAGUUAUUUGGGUAAGUUUAAAAGGAAUUGGGCUCUGCAUUUUGGGUUCUUGAUCUUCAUUUAUCUCUUCAUGAUUUCUUCCUCUGUUGUUCUUCUCUGUUCUUGAUUCUUUAUUUUAUCCCUUUUUAGCAAUUUUUGGAUUGGGAUUGUUCAUUCUUUGUUGUUUGAUUUUACCCCAUUUUUAAUAGUUUCAUUUUUCUUUC